AUGCUUCAACGAGCAGCGCACUUACUAAGCGCCACUCAAAAAGAAGAAGCUUGGCAUUUAGUCGGUUUAUAUCAACAAACUCAACCGCGAGCUUUCCUGCACGUUUGUCAUCGCAUCCUGGCUUCGUUUCUGGAGCUAACUCACGACUAUUUUGACCAAGGUUGGCCAUUAAACAGCCGCUUGAUGCGUUUACCCAGCAGCUCACACGGAUCCCAGCGGUCUCGUCGACAUCGGCGCCAACGAACGAAGACAUUCACUGGCUUGCCGAGCUACUGGGCUCCCGAUGAACUGGAUGAAGAUUUUCUGGAUGAGGCUGAUAUGGUUUCUGUUUUUCACAAUCACGUUUGCAUGUCUCCGGUUUACCAUCACGUGACCUACUGCACGUCUCUAUCCCCAGCCGGUAACCAUGCGGCAUCCACAUCGAAACAGUUGACCAGUCUGGGAAAGCUGCGUAGCACAUUGGCUGCGAAACGCUUGUUCAAACAAAUCUUACCGUCGCGACCGCGCACACCAAGUACAACCAAACUGAACUAUUUUGAUCAUACAACAACACAGCAAAAACAUCAGCUUUUCGACGAUCCCACAACGCCCACUAACCUUCCCACCCCGACCAAGAACAGCAUGACAACAGGACCCACCGGCCGAACUCACAUGGGUACUCUUCCCGGUUUCCAUAACGGGACACGCGUUCCUUUGGCUCCCAUUCAUAUGUCACAUGCGUCCUCGUCUUGUACUGGCCCAGACACUCGUUCCAUUCCCGCGUGCCAGUCGCGCAUUUGUGCGACCAGUUCCACGACCGACAGUUGUUGCAACACGGAUAGUCUGAUUUGUCGAUGCCUGAUUGAAUACAUGCUUGACAAUCCAGGUCUGUUUCGUAUCCCGGGGAACGCACAACGCAUACGUGAUCUUUGGGUCAAUUUACGCGGAUUUUUUCAAACCCCGUACAUUCGAAUCCCUCAACCGGAUCCAGAAUACGGACUUGAAUGUGAAGUGGUGUCAACAAGAUGUGAUUUGUACAGUCUGUUGGAUGCUUACUCACCACAUGAUUUGGCCACAUUACUACUUCGAUGUUUGACGACCUGUUCUCAGGUCACUACUUAUCCGGUGACGAGUUCACAUGGAUCAGGUCUGGGAAGUGGAGCCAAUAUGGGUGGUUACAGCUCUGUGUCUAGUGCCAUGCCUGGAUACAGCAUAAACGGGUCGAAUGAGGCGAUGCGAACCGGCUACCAAUUUACUGCUCAAGAUGACCCCGGUUUCGAACAAUCUAUCGGCGGUCUGAUACACCCUGAAGCGAGUGAAUUGUGCUUUCUCGCCACGCAACUUCAGUACGGUCUGGAGCAAGUCCAGGAACCGGAUCAGUAUGAGGAUUGGAUACAUAUGCUUUGCGAGGCUCGACAACUGUUAACAUAUCGUAUAGUCUUACAGCUGCUGCUCCCGAACCCGGAACGUUUUAUGCUAUUCAAUUUAUUGCGCUUGUUCAAAAAAUACGGUCUGGAGCAAGUCCAGGAACCGGAUCAGUAUGAGGAUUGGAUACAUAUGCUUUGCGAGGCUCGACAACUGUUAACAUAUCGUAUAGUCUUACAGCUGCUGCUCCCGAACCCGGAACGUUUUAUGCUAUUCAAUUUAUUGCGCUUGUUCAAAAAAGUAUCCACCAGUCAUUCCCAGUCCCGUAUGUCAGCCGAAUGUUUGGCUCGAUGCACCGCGGUGGCCGUGUUCGGAGCACCGGCGCAAAUGACCAGUCCGGAUGUUCAACACAAUCAUCCUUGUUCUGUGGAUAGUCCACUCCGAUGGAGAAUCGACACACUGACUAAUCUGAUCCACAUGGUUGAUGACUUGGACCAGUUACCCGGUGUGGUCUACAGUGCAGUACGAGAUCGACUGCGUGUACGUCUUGGUCACUCGCCUAUCCCUCGAGUCCAAGUUCAAACCGGGGUUGAAGGAUUCUGUUCGCUUACCACCACUUGUGGUUCCUACUCGUCCAACUCUAGUGUACGUUGUACUCGACCAGGUCUGCUAUCUGUGGACAGGGAGAACCGAUACAAAAAUGAAGCAGAGGCCCCAGCUCCAUCAACCUGUCACCAUCCCUGUGUCGGUGUCAAAUCACGCGCCGAUCAACCAAGUGUCACAUCCACUCUGGUUCAUCGAUCCUCCGCGCGCGCCAGUCUUCAUCGGGCCAAAUCGUCACUUGACACGGGAUCAAGGCAACGUGGUGCGCGUGGUGCCUCAGGGACCACGGAACCGUUCAAAUUAUGGAGACGUCAGAAAACGGCUCAAGUGAUCCCCAGCGCUGGUUCCGUCGGUGGUCGAGCCCUGACAAAAGCGCGAAGUGUCCUUCUAUUCAGUCCGCAAAAAUCCAGCUCAUCCGGCAAUGAGCGAACAGCCAGUUAA